AUGGCUGUCAUUGGUCCUGGAGUGGGACCGCAGACUCUCGAAGAGACUCUGAAGCUGGGGAAUUCAGACUUGCGUUUUACCUUUGAAAGGAACGAGGUGCCAGAAGAGGUGCAGGCUCAGUUUUUCACGCACGGAGUUACAAGCGUUAACAAGUUUUCUGCUUUCUUUAGAGAUGAGGUGGAUUUGGUGCAAGUGCUUAGGGAUGAUUUCAAUGUGGAUGCUGCCGCAUCCUUGGGAGAUCGUGCAAAAGUGGCAGCUGUGAUCUGCUCUUGGAAGGAGGUCAGUACAAAGGCAAAGAGGCAGGCGGAAGUCGAAGCGGAGAUGAAUACAAGGGAAUGGACGAAACCCAUCCCCACAGGAGACUAUGUCCAGCUCCGCAAUGCCUACCAGCAGGCAAUGGGGCACCUGGAAGAUAAGGUUACUCCUGCAAAGGAGUACUUGGAAAAGAAACUACAAGAACUGGAGAAUGGAGAGUUCAGGGCGGAAACCUUGUCGGAAGUAGUUAGCCAGGACGAAGUGGACCCAGACGUUUUGGUGCCUAUUUUUGAUGCCAAAGGGGCUCUCAGUGUGAAGAAGGGCUCAUCCACAGUGGCCUUACCAACGGGGCCUGAACAGCUGAGGAGGCGGCUAAGCGUCAUGCAGAACUGCAUCAUGAUGCUGGCCUUGAAGCAUGUCAACAGAGAAGAAAUUCAGGAUGUGGACAAGGAUGUCUUUGAUAGAUACAAAGACUACCUGCUGGGAGAUUACGUUUGGGGCCUUAGCUCGACAGACCUUCAAGGGCAACAGAUUCAGACGCCACCAUGGAGCUUGGUUUUGGCCUACGAACAGGUCAGAGAAUUCCAUGAUGGUGCAGGUUUAGCUUCACCAGGGCGCUGGGACCUGGAACACAGGACAUGGAACACUGACGGUUUUUGGAAGAAACUGAGAGAGAAAUCCUUGCGUUUAGUUUUGGAAAGCUGUGGUGGUUUGCAACAGUUGGACUUGGAGUGUUUUCAGAUGGCAGCCAAGGGUGAACAUGGCUGCAACCUGGUGCGAGACCAGGUGCUACAGUCAAAGUUGGUGGAUCUUUGGACCACCCUUUUGAGAGAAGAGGGAUAUGAGACUGAGGGUCUGGGCGAAAUUGCACAGGGGCAGCCUUUUAGGUUGAAGCUCAUGCAGGCGCUGUUAGAACGUGCAGGUGAUUCAGACCACCGUUUCCUCUUGCAAGGCCAGAAAGGGUUUCCUGUGGGGGUCCUUUGUCAACUUCCGAGGACUCCCCACAUGUACGAGGAGCAAACAGCAUGGAAGUUAGAAGAAGAUCCAUACAUGCGUGAAGAGAUAUGGCGUGAUAACUAUGAGUCGGUCAAGGACCAUGAGGAGUUCGUGCGUGACCACUUCAAAACUGAAUGCGAAGAAGGGCUCAUGGAAAAGAUGACACUGGAAGAGGCGAAACGCCGCUUUGGGGAUAAGAUUGCGAUCUCGUCCCUAUCGGUUUUGGUGGAGGAGUCUCAUGGAAACAAGAAGCGAAUAAUACAUGAUGCAACGCAUGGGACAAAGGUUAACAAUAGAAUCAAAUGCCGGGACAAACAGAGAAGUCCGGGGGCCAGAGAGAAGAUGUACUUGAUGGCUUACUACAAAGACAAGGGCAAAGUGGUCUUCAGUCUCGUGGGCGACAUCAGUAAAGCUCAUAGGCGUUUCUUGCAUCACCCCAGUGAGAGGGGACUUUUGGCAUGUAGGGUUCUUUCAACCGAUGACCAUGUGUACAUCAACAAUGUUGGAACGUUUGGAGUGGCUUCAGCAUCGUAUUGGUGGGGUCGCAUUGCAGGCUCGGGCUUGAGAUUGGUUCAUGAGUUGAUUGGACCAGAAAUGCCAGUGGAGAUGUUAAUAUUUGCGGAUGACCUUGAAGCGCUGGGACCGGAUAGACAAGGGAGAAGAGGCAUAGUGCUGGCUUUUCUAUUUUUAGCAGUUCUUGGGUUUCCUUUCAAGUGGGCAAAACAGAGAGGUGGCUUGAAAGUGGAAUGGAUAGGGCUUUUUGCAGACUACACCAGCAUGAGGCUGGGCCUUUCACCUUCAAGAGCAGCUUGGGUUGCAAAAUGGACCAAAGGUCUUGCUGAAUCGGGAAGCGUCACUGCGAAAGAGAUGGAGCAGGGACUUGGGCGCCUAUGUUUUGCUGCAAAUGCUCUCCUAUGGGAGCGUCCUUUCUUGGGGCCAUUGUUUGCGUGGACUGCGGCUGUCAGGAGUAAGAAGGGGGCUCUGAAGCUCCCUGCGAUGCUACGGACCAUUCUUUACUUCCUUGGUCGGCGGGUGGAGGAAGGCGGUGACUUGCAGACUCCACCGCCCUUGAAAAGGAGUGUAACUCCUGAUGUGGUUUUCUUCACCGAUGCCAAGGCAACGGACACUGGUGCUUGGAUUGGUGGGUUCUUGGAAUCCAAAGAGGGUGAGAUACGUUCUUGGUUUUCUGAAAAGAUUGAGCCCGAAUGGGCGCCUUGGCUCUUUGUGAAAAACAACCCGAAGAGAGUCAUUGCAAGUUUAGAGCUUCUUGCAACCUUGGUGGCGGUUAGACUCUGGACAAAGGAUCUGGGGACAGCUAGCGCUGGUACUUGUUGGAUUCGGGCAGGCACGGACAACCAGGGGAACACCUAUGCGGUCAAUAAGCUCAUGAGUACUAAGUUUCCUUUGACUCUGUUGGUGUUAGAGCUCUCGGAGACAUUGAGGCUGCGCAACUGUGAGUUAGGUUUGGAAUGGAUACCGCGAGAAUACAACCAAUUGGCAGACGACCUCACCAAUGAGGAUUUUGGCAAAUUCCCAGAUGAUCGGAGAGUUCAAUGGGUUGGCGGAGACACCAGAUGGUAUGUGCUUGACGGUCUGAUGAAUAAAGCCAAGGAGUUCUUUACUGAACUACAGAAAGCCAAAUUGGAAAACAAAGGUAAGAAGAGGAAAGCUUCACCGAAACAAAAGAAAAAGCUGGACCAUUGGUGA